ACAAUGCUCAAGGACGAAUCCUUGCUACUCAUACCAAAUGUGUUGAAGGUGUUCCUGGAGAAUGGACAGAUCAAGUCUUUCACGUUUGAUAGCCGUACCACUGUUAGAGAUGUGAUCUCUUCCCUGCAAGAUCGCCUCUCACUACGUUACAUCGAGCACUUUGCCCUGGUGCUGGAGGCAGGUGGUCUGGAUCAGAGUCCGAGGUUGCAUCUGCUGCAGGAGAAUCAGCCUCUGUCACAUGUGGUGCACAGGACCUACUUCCAGGGGAUGAAGUGUCUGUUUCGCAUAUGCUUCUUCCCCAAGGAUCCUGCAGACCUGCUGAGGAGGGACCCUGCUGCAUUCGAGUACCUGUAUAUACAGAGUCGCAAUGACGUCAUUAAGGAGCGCUACGCCAUGGACUGGAAGUCUGAUAUCACACUGCGAUUGGCAGCCCUCCAUAUCUACAUCACUGUGUCCUCGGCCAGGCCACAUCAGAAGAUCUCUCUCAAGCAUGUGGAGAAAGAGUGGGGCCUAGAGCCUUUCCUUCCUCUCACACUGCUGCCGACAGUCAAGGAGAAGAAUGUGUGUAAGACACUGUCUCAGCUGUUGAAGACAUAUCAACAACCACCACCAUCAGGAAACAAGGUCCCGCCUCUCCAAGGGAAACUGCAAUACAUGCGUGUACUCAAUGACCUCCCACCUUUUGGUGGAUUACUCUUCCAUACUGUUGGAUUGGAUGAGAAACAAUCUGCCACCACCUUACUGGUGGGUCCACGUCAUGGUAUAAGUCAUGUAAUUGACCUGAAAAACAACCUCACCACAGUUUUGGCUGAAUUCAGUCGUGUUGCUAAGAUUCAGCUUUACCGGGAAAACCAAGGUGUAGCUCGGGUGGAAGUGACUAUACAUGAAGCCAAGCCCCUGGUUCUGCUUAUGGAGUGGCCUGAAGCCAGUAAUUUUGCCUGCCUCAUCUCUGGCUAUUACAAGUUGUUUGUGGACCCCAAACGGACCAUCUACUUCCGGACACCUGGUCAAUCUCAGCUGACCAAGGCUGAUUACAGAGGCUCUCACCAUGCUCAUCCACGUUCUGGGACUGCAGGCUUGUCAAGUAGUGGGCGGCGAAGUGACGAGAGGGACGGCACACAUAGGGAACCAGGGUCCUCAAGGGCCCUUGCUCCUGCAGAGCCUCAGCACCUCGGCUUGUGUCAUAUACAUCUACGAGAACAACAUCAGCUUCAGGAACUCCAAACACAAGCAGAAGCUGAGCGUGACAUUAAUGAGAACUUCAUUUCCCAGGAGCCUUCAGGGCGGCCACGCACUAAGUCUGAUCCCACCCAGCAGAGCACCGAAGAAAUUGUUGUGGGUGCUGGGAGCCCCACUGAGGAGAAUGCAGGUUUUCGAAGCCGGGCUCAAACGAUGAGUCAGUCCCAGAAAACCUCACGGUAUUUCUGUGACUCUUGCAAAGCCAGAUUUAGGGCAGAGGGUCUAUCAAUAGCAGUGAAUGGUAGUGGCAGUUCAGGGAAGCAUUGUUCCAGCAAUUGUGCCUCACGUGACGGAGGUGCCGUUGACCUCAUAGCCCUACCUCCUCCUGGGAAUGAAGAGGAAGAUGAGGAGGAGGCAAAUGAUGGAGGAGGGAGGUUGCAGCCACCACCACCUGCUAUUGCUGCCCCACCACCUGGGUUUAGGGACAACAGUUCAGAUGAGGAUGACACUAAGAGAGGGAGAAAGAUGCGUGCCAGUGUUAGCCCAGGGGCGACUUCUGGGAAGGUGGCGCAGGGCAAGGAAGAUGUACCAGUGACACUGAUUGAUAAUGUGGCCACCAGAACAGUGCGGGACCAUGCCCAGGAGCUUGAUGAUGCCCUGGUGUCCACUUUGCAGGCAUUAGAGGCUUUGGCAGCUUCCGAAGACUAUCCUCAUCACCCCCAACAGCCAGCACAGACUGCAGGGCUUAUUGUGUUAGCUGCCAUUACACCUGAGUCAUCUUUGGACUCAGGACAUGAGACCAACUCCUCAGAGUUGACAGAUGUGUCUGAGAUGGUUUCGGCAAUGAAGCAGCGCCAGAACCAGGCCUACCUACUGGCCCAUCACAUCAACAAAGAGCGAAUUAUCUGCCGUCGUGACUUCCCCCUAGCUAUUCCUGGCUGCACUGCUCAGACCAUAGGCACCGGAGCCUUUUCUGUUGGUCAGAUCCGUGCUGGCUGUCCAUCCAAACAAGUGAUACUCAGCAAGACUGUUCCUUUGAAAGUCAGCCCUAGCCAAGAGACUGCAACCCUCAGCAUUGUAGGGGAGAAAGAGAGCACUCAGGAGCAUGCUCAGAGUGAACAAAAAAUGAAUGGAAAAAUAAAACCAGAGUCCACCAAAGCAAGCAUCUCUGACUCCACAUCUAAGUCAUCUGGAGAGCCCAAAGUGUCUAUCCAAGCAUCCAGUGAUCCAUCAACAACCCAAGGCAGCAACGAUCAGGAGUCAUCAAAUUCCUCCACGGAAAAACUGAGUCAAAACCUUUCUGAUGGCAUAAAGGGGACAACAACUGCAACUCCUAGUACUGACCCCACCAACAAAGCCUUACCUAUCCUCUUGCCUGCUGACAGAACUGCCUCUGCCAAGAUUUCUCCUACUAACAUGUGCCAAGAUGCCGAGACUGCCUCUAGCGAGACCAUUAAGCCUUCAAGCUCUAAAGAGCUUCUGCCAAUUGAUGACCUUUUCUGCACAUGCCCGGUCCGGGUGGAGUCUGGUACCCAGCUUAGACUAAAAAAUCCACAGGUUCAAAGGGUGGUUUUGUUUCAGUCAUCCUCACCCACAGAUGAUGAGCGUCUACGUGCCAAAGGCCUCCAGCAGGCAAACAGCAAAGAUAACGCAGCAAGGGGGGGAGGAGCAGACCCUACUUUGGCUAAACCCAACCCUCAAAUCCAAACCAAGUAUUCUCCUCACAUGCCUGUCAAAUCAGAGCGAAAAGAAGCAGCAGAAGGUAAGACUGAUGGUUCCCAGGGCAAAGCACACCUUGAACAACAGAAAUGCCCCCCAAAAGCAUUACCCAUUUUGGAAGACCCCACUCACCCAAGUACCCCUGUUGAUAAGGUUUCCACACUCCCAGCCAGUGACUCAAAGAAGCAGGGCAGCAGUAAGAGCAAGUGCAGUCGUACUGCCCCUUUCCUGAGCUUCAGAAACCUGCUGUCAGCCACAUUUCCAGCCAGAAUGCGGAGAGAGACGGAUGAGAGACGGGCUCAGUUGCAGAAGGUCCGCCAGUAUGAGCUAGAGUUUUUGGAGGAGCUGCUAAAGCCGAAGUCAUCCCAGGGAGAGUAUCUACCACAGGGAUCUUCACCAGUGCCCUCAGGCACUCCCUGUGCCUGUCAGCUCCGUACCAGUCCAGUUCAGAAGGCACCAGGUAUCUCCAGGGAGCAGCGGCGCAGCUGUGACUGUAAGAGAAUGUGCAGAGGCAUACGUCUACCUGACACUCCAGUUGGCUCAACUGCAGAAACACAGCACAGAGGCAGAGAGAGGAAUGUUUCCAAGACCCCUCCAAUAAUUUCCAAAGUCCCUCACACCCAAGGCAGCACAAGGAGACCGCAAACCCUAGAGAUCAAGACUACCCGAAUUCGUUCAACUAGCCUUGAGUCAAGAGAACCCAGGGGAGAACAGGGCUCCUGCCUGCCCACCUGCACCUCCCAAACAGAUUGCAUGGGAGCUCCACAAUAUAAGAAGCUCCAGAGGCGCUACAGCAUUGGAGAGGUGGAUAACAGUACUAGUACACCUGUUUAUGCUGAGGUUAAGCCCAAGGCCAAGAGCCUUGAGAAGGAGAUGGAGAGAGUGAGGGCCACAGGACUGAGGCUUCCUACCCCUGUGGAACCAGUUCACACUCAAUCUCACCAGGCAGAAGGCAAGGGGAAAAAGGGAGUGUUCUUUAUUCAAGGAGAGGAACUACUCCGUGAGAGUCGAGAGGGGCCUGGGGAGGUGCUACUGACUCUGCCCAGUGAAGACAGUGAGGAGAGGGAGAAAUGCUGCUCAUUUUGCUUCUGCUACAGGAAGUGUGAAGCUGCAGAUGAAAGCAGUGAGAAGGAUGAACUCUCAUACUCCAUUCCCCUUCAGGUCCUCCCUGGGAUGCAGCUGGACUCACGUACUCUGCCUGUAGUCAGCAAAACUCUUCAAGUUCUCAAUGCAGAGGAUUGCAGUGGGGAGGAAGAGGAGGAUGAGGAAGAUGAGCCACAGACACAGGAGAUUGACCUACGAGCCUGUGGUACAUUAGAAGGAAGCCUGGCCCGAGUUCAGGCUCUACAAGGGAAGACAUUCAGCCUGCCCGAUGGCUUCCUAAAUGCCCAGAUGGAUGCUAAUGAGUUACUAGCUAUCCUGCGUCAGUGUGCAAAUAGUCCUCAAGCAGAGGGUGAAGCUCGUCUUCAAGCCUCACGAGUCACAGAGUAUAAACAGGAGCUGGCUGUGCGUUUCAAAGAAUUCCGGGCAUCUUGUCGGCGAGUGGCAAGUGUUGAAAAGAGCCCAACACGAAUGCUUGCUGUUGUUACCGCCAGUUUUCAGGUGUUGUGUGACCUUACUCAGACCUUCAUCAAGCUGGUCAGAGGUGUACGAUCAGAAACUCAAAGGCUGCAGUUACUAAGAAAAGUUGAAGAAGUAGCUAUCAACUACACUUUGCUUUUGCGUGCGGCAGAGGAGUCAAUGGGACAUUCAAGCAGCUUACCAACAAAGACAGUGAGCCCUCAAAUUUCUACCAACACCAGUAACAUGAGCUCUCUCACCCGACCCAUCAAAACUCUGCCCACCCAGUAA